AUGGCUGCCUCUGUUGAGCAAUGGGCUCGGCGCUGGGCAGAGGCCCAUAUGGACUUCUCAUCGCGGCCAAGUCUGCACUCGCAUGAUUACGACAACGUCCACCGCUCGCCGCCGGGAUUGCCGGCGCUGGCCACGGCUGCUCGAGGCGCCGCCGCCUGGGUGGCUGCUCUGGUCAUCGUCUACACUGCAGAUCUUCCCCUGGGGUUGGUGGUCGGCUCGAUGCUUGUGGCUGGCUUUGUGUAUGCGUCUACAGUCAUCGCCGAGCGCAAAGCUUGGCUCGCCGGUCGCCAUGGUGGGCACCGCGAUCUCGUCGCUGUGGCUCUUGUCGCGCUUGCCUCGGCUACCUGCCUCCCAUCAACCGGUGUGGCUGCCAACGCCACGCAAUGGGUAUGGGCAUCAGCGGCCUGGAUUGUUGCCCUACACUCGGCGCUUCUCGCCCGCAUUCCAGGCAUCCAGCUCCGCUCAUUUACCUCGCGGGCACGGACCCACGGCCGCAUGUCGGUCACCCAGUGGGGCAUCGGCAUCGGCGCUCCGCUCGGCUUGCUAGCCUUCAGUAUCGUCUGGCCGUCGCCGUGGCGGAUCGCUGUGUGGCUGUGGUGGCUGGCACUCGCCAUCGCUGUCCUCGCCACCCGCGCAGCAUCGCCGUCAUCGCUCCAGCCGGGCUCGCCACAUCAGCCACUGUAG